AUGGUUUACAAAUUAGCUACAAAAAAGAAAGUGCUCUCUUUCAACGAUGAGAGUAUUCCUGACGGUAGCACCCUCGCAUCAUUAAAAUCAAGACGUAUGGAGGUAGCAAAAGAGAUGUUUGGAAAACUAGGCCAAGACGUCACCAUCGAGCCCCCCUUCUUUCUCCUCUGGGGCUGCAACAUAUUCAUCGGAAACGGCGUCUACAUGAACCGAGAGGUAUCAAUCCACGACAACGCCCUUGUUACUAUAGGAGACGGUGUACUCAUAGGUCCCGGAGUUUGUAUCUGUCCAGGUACUCACGCCGCGGAUAUGCACAGCAGAAGAGAAGCGCAGGGUACAUCGUUUGCGCUGCCGAUUCGUUUAGAGGCGGAUUGUUGGAUAGGGGCUCGAGCUACGAUCUUACCGGGUGUUACUAUAGGGAGAGGAGCGACUGUUGCGGCAGGGGCGGUUGUUAUCAAGGAUGUUGAGGCGGAGACGUUGGUGGGAGGAGUUCCGGCGAGGUUUAUUCGGAGUUUGAAGAGUGCGUCGACAUGA